UUCUUCUCUCUUUCUUACAAAAGUCAUAAAAAACUCCCAUUGUUCUUGCCUUUGUCUGGUUUCUUUCUCCAACAAUUUACGCUACCGGCGAGCAUAAUCUCGCCGGCAAAUUCCCAUUCUCUGGCCUGAAUUUCUAUUCCGAUCUCGCCAGUGUUUGGGUUCUCACAAAAAUUUCAAACAAAAAAUAUUCACCUUUUUUUAUUUUUUUUUCUUUUCAAUUUUAUUCUUUUAUUGUUGCAAAAGCAAUGCAUAUAUAAGAGGUAAGAUUUUACAAAAACAUUACAGGAUCAACGGUUUCUUAAUUCUCCUUUUUUCUUACAAAAGAUUCAAUUUUUCAUUUUUUUUUUCUCAUACCCUCUUUCUCUUCCUUUGAGAAUUUCCAAGUUUUUUUUUCUGUGUUGAAGCGAAACGGUGUUUGAAUUCAGAUGAAGAUGGUGCUUGUUGAGUCCAAAGAAGCUAGCAAGUGAAGAAUUUUCAGCAAAACUUUUAUCAUUUAUUUAUUUUUCUUCCAGAUUUUGUGCUGAAGGAUGCCUUUUCAAGUGAUGGAUCAGAGGGGUGAUAAUUUUUUCGAUGAUAUUUCAUUUCAUUCUGAGAGGAACGUUGGAUUGAGGAAGGCGAAAUUCAUGAAUGUCCAACACCCUCAAGGAAUGAAUGGAAUGAUGGCACCAUCUGGCAACACUUUGAAUGGCUCAUCGCCCUUUGAAGUAAACGCAAAAUCUGGAUUUCCGAUGUCACAGACUAAUCCAUCUGAGGGGAGUGUAGAAAAGCUACAUAUUGGUGUGGAACGAGACAUUGCUGAUGUAUUGAAAGGUUCCAAAGAAUCAUUUCAUUACAAUCCACAUUCAUGGGGUGAUGUUUUUAGGCAGUCAGCACCGACCUCACAUCGUUUAAUCGGGAACAAGCUUGUUGCGAAUAACGCUGUCCAUCGAGAAAGUAGUUUGUUCUCAAGCUCACUGUCGGACAUGUUUACCAAAAACUUGAAUUUAUUGGGGAAUGAUCUUCUGUCGGACAAGCCGGCUGCUUCUGGUUCCCUUCUGGAGGAAGAGCCGUAUAAAUCUCUUGAAGAGAUGGAGGCUCAUUAUAUACAUAAUCUCCUUCCUGAUGAAGAUGAUCUAUUUUCUGGUGUUGUUGAUGACUUAGAAUACAAUUCUCAUACUAGGACGAACGACGAUUCCGAAGAUUUUGAUUUGUUUAGCAGCGGUGGAGGCUUGGAGCUGGAAGGAGAUGAACAUUUAAGCUCGCUGAAAAGAGCAACUGGAUUGGAUGGAGAUAACGGUUUCUUCGGAGGUUCUAAAGGAAAACUUCCUUUUGUUGAACAGCCUUCAAGAACACUUUUUGUUAGAAACAUCAAUAGCAACGUUGAAGAUUUUGAGCUGAAGACUCUAUUUGAGCAAUACGGAGAUAUCAGAACUAUUUAUGCGGCUUGCAAGCAUCGUGGGUUUGUCAUGAUUUCUUAUUUUGAUCUAAGGGCUGCACAGAAAGCUAUGCAAGCCCUUCAAAAUAGGCCAUUGAGGUCUAGGAAGCUGGAUAUACAUUAUUCGAUUCCGAAGGUUAAUGCUCCAGAGAAGGAUAUUGGCCAUGGCACACUGAUGUUAUCUGGUCUCGAUUCAUCUGUUUUAAACGACGAAAUUAAACAUAUCUUUGGAUUUUAUGGUGAAAUCAAAGAAAUCUAUGAAUAUCAAGAAAUGAAGCAUCUCAAGUUUAUUGAGUUUUAUGACGUGCGAGCUGCUGAAGCUGCACUCCGGGCAUUGAACCGGAUUGAAUUUGCUGGGAAGCAGAUCAAGCUGGAACCUGGCCAUCCUAGGUUUGCAACACGUCUGAUACAGCAGUCUCAUAAGGUGCAAGAUGAACGAGAUCUUGGUCAGAGCCUUGUUGACAACUUACAACUACGACAAAAGCCAACCCUGUCGUCUGGAGUAAUUGAUUCUUCUGGCUUGGAAAAUGGAUACAACCAGAGAUUUCAAUCUGCAAUGCGGCAACAGCAUUUGAAUGGAUUUGCCGAUAAUGCCUUCUUUCAUGCCAAUUCCAACGUUCAAAACGCUUUGAGAGGGGCAUCGGUUGGAAAAGUUUCUGGUGUUUCCGAGUCCACUAACCUCGUCGAUGCAAUGAAAUUUGCGUCUAGUCCAACAACAGCAUUUCAUCCUCAUUCUCUACCAGAGUAUCAUGCUGGCUUGUCUAAUGCUAGUCCUUAUAACUUUUCAAGCACCAUUGGCAGCAAGGCUGGUAAUAUAGGCGCUGGAAUGACGGAACUUAGCAGAGGAAUCAACUCGGUUGGGAACUUAGCAGAAUUCAAUGGAGGAGGGUCAUCAGGAAACGGCAUCCGCGCGCACCAUGGGCUAAAUCAUAUGUGGAGCAGCUCCAAUUCACAUCAGCAAUCUUCACCAAGUAACAUGCCUUGGCAGAAAACCCCGCCAUUUGCAAACGGUUCUCCAGGCUUGCCUCAGAUGUCAAGCUUUGCUAGAACACCGCCUCAUAUGCUGAGAGCACAACAUUUGGACCAUCAUGUUGGAUCGGCACCGGUUGUUACAGGCUCUCCUUGGGACAGGAAAAACUCUUACAUAGGAGAGUCUCCUGAGACUUCUGGUUUUCACUUGGGUUCUCCUGGAAAUGGAGGUUUUCAUGGCUCUUGGCAAAUGCGUUCCAUGGACUUUUCUCCUCAUAAUAACAUGUUUUCACAUGUUGGUGGGAACAGUACUGAACUAUCGUCCAGUGCUGGUCAGAGCUCGCCUAAUCCGUUGUCACAUAUUCUAUACGGGAGACAACUUCCUUCAACUACUGUGUCAAAAUUUGAUCCUACCAAUGAUCGAAUGAGAAAUGUUUAUAGCCGUAAAAGUGAAGCAAACACCGUAAGCCUGGCUGAUAGGAAACAAUAUGAACUUGAUCUCGGCCGCAUAAUGCGUGGAGAAGAUAUCCGAACAACACUUAUGAUAAAAAAUAUUCCCAACAAGUAUACUUCAAAGAUGCUACUUGUUGCCAUAGACGAGCAAUGUCGGGGAACUUAUGACUUUCUGUAUUUACCAAUUGACUUCAAGAACAAAUGUAAUGUUGGAUACGCAUUCAUAAAUAUGACCGAUCCUGCUCAAAUUGUUCCUUUCCACCAGGCUUUCCACGGUAAAAAGUGGGAGAAGUUCAACAGUGAGAAAGUAGCAUCACUUGCAUAUGCCCGAAUUCAAGGAAGAGCUUCUCUUGUCGCUCAUUUCCAGAAUUCAAGCCUGAUGAAUGAGGAUAAACGUUGCCGCCCUAUUCUCUUCCAAACAGAAGGCCCAAAUGCUGGCGAUAUGGAGCCUUUCCCCAUCGGAGCCAAUGUUAGAGUUCGACCUGGAAAAAUUCGCAACGCUGGCAACGAAGAUAAUCGCGUCCAAGUCCCUCCUUCAACUUUAGCAAGCGGAGAAGAGUCUGCCAACGAAAACUCCGCAAACGGAAACUCCGACUGAAGAUCCAUGGAGGGGGGGCACUAACUGUUCAAUAUUGCACCAUAAUACAUUUCAUCAUGAUUUCAACCCCCAUGUAUAUUGACAUGAGGAAAAAGGGGCUCAGAUUUUUUUUUCCCUUUAGUAGAGGCCUCACUCAAAGUUUUCAGAAGGUGAGGUGCAUAACAAACCAGAAUGAAGUUACUGUCUAGUUUUAUUUUCUUUAUGAUUUUUGCAUUGGAGUCUUGCUAUUAUCUUGCAAGUUUAGAGAAUGGCGUAACCGAGGCUCGAAAUUUUGGCUAGUUGUGAGCACAGUUUUGUAGUUCACAUCAUCGCGCGCGGUUCUGGCUGAUUUUGUUGUGCAUUAUUGUGAUGUUCAUAAUGUACUUUUUGUUCUUAAUUUCGGAGUUUUUGUACUCUUCUGAGGUCAGUUUUUGUCAGUAGAUUUAGAAGUCAUUGUUGAGGGAUGAUAUUUUAGUUGCAAACAUUUUAGUUAAUUUAUUGUUAGUACUUUGCAUUUUGGAUA